GCGAUGGGUUCUUGAACUACCACGACUUCUGCCGAGUGUUGAACAUGGAGCUGUUUGAGUGUGACCAGGACCUGGAGAUCAUCCGAGAUGCCCUUCGACAAUUCGAUCCGGAUGGACUCGGAUUCAUCAAUGAGCAAGACAUGCGCAUACUAAUGCAACAGGCGGGAUCGAUUGACCAGCUGAACUCAGAGGAGAUGGAGGAGCUGAUGGCUGAGUGUGAGAUCAACGACGAAGGAAACAUCAACUACGAAACUCUGCUCUCUGUGAUUAAAUCUGGAUCCAAGAAGCUUCCGGGAAGACAAGCAACUUUCGACCAGGACACGAGGAUUUGAGCUUGGUCAACUUGUGUGAUCACAGUGGCCACAGAAACAAACAUGAAUUGAUCUAAAUUUGACAUUUUCAAGUAAAGCAGCCCCUGUGAUAAACUGUUCGAUAUAAAACAUUUUGUUUUGUGAUAAUUCUCAUGCCCGAAGGACUGAAUGCUUGAAAAUUUUAUCCUCACGCUUUUUUGAUAAACUUGAAUAUGUAUAUAUGAUUGAAA